AUGAGUGACGAGCAACGACCCUUGUCGACCAAAAAGGCGAAAGCGAAGAAAAAUAGAGGGCCCAGACUUAAAAUCCCCCUGCAAACUUCAAACCGAGAGCCGAACAGAACAGAUGGGUGGAUCCCCAAUGUGCAGGCGCCUCUAAUAUUUCCCGACGGCACUUCGCAGAAUGUUAAUGCUCGCGACCUCGUCGACAUCGAACACAUCGGCCAAGGGACCUUUGGCAUCGUCACUCGGUCAUUUCUCAGGACUCAUCCGGACUACGUCUUCGCUGUCAAGCACAUCACAUUUCAGGAUGACAAUAAUGAACAAAAAACAAUGAUGAAAGAUCUUGAAGUAAACAAAUCGACAAUAGAGUGUCCAUAUACAGUCAGCUAUCUGGGAGCGCUUUUCAAAGAGGGUGAAAUCCUGAUAUGCAUGGAACUGUGCGACAUGUCCCUCGACCUAUAUUAUAAAAAAGCCCAUCAAUACGAGCUCUGUGUCAAUGACUUUGUUCUAGCAUCUGUGGCGCAUGCUGUCCUAAACGCGAUAAAAUUUCUUCACGAAAAAAAGAUGAUGCACCGAGAUAUCAAGCCGUCGAACAUUCUCAUAAAGAAGCAGGAGAGCACGGUCUCGAUCCUCGUCUGCGACUUCGGCAUUGCCGGCAAUUUGGUGAAUUCGAUGGCUAAGACCAAUGUCGGCUGCAAGCCCUACAUGAGUCCUGAAAGAAUCAAGGCCGGAGAGGGGUAUACAUUCAAGUCAGACAUCUGGAGUCUGGGUGUUUCCCUCAUUGAGCUUGCCGACGGAAAACACCCCUUCACAAACGCUUCUACACAGUUCGAUAUUCUUAAAAUGGUCAUGGAGGACCCGCCUCCUGGCCUCGACCAAGAUGAUCGAUUCCCAGAGUCCUGCGCACAUUUCAUAUCGCUGUGCUUAAAGAAAGACCCCAUCGACCGGGCGCACUACGAACAACUGCUGGACCAUUGCUUUUUACGAGAGUGCAUGAACCCUCAGCAACUGUUUGAUCACUACGAAGAGCUGCAAAAAUGCAUCAACUCGGAAAAUAAUUCCAACCAAUCCUGA